GAAUUGUUGUCCACUUGCUAAGAAUUUUGAUGUUCUAUAUUUUUCUGCAAAGUGCCUUUAUUCAUGGAGAAACCUUAUGUCCCUUUAGUGAAGAGAAAAAACCUUUGGAAGAGUUUGUUUCAUGAAUGGUUGCAUUGCUUCAAUUGUCAAGCAUUACACCUUUACUCUAAAAGGUCUCUAUUUAACCAUUGCAACUUUUCAAAUAUAUUUUGAAAAUUUCUCUAACAAAACGCCUAUAAAUAAGAGAAAUACAAUUCAUACCAGUCUCACAAACAAAUUUUUAAUUAAAAAAAAAUUAGAGUUAGCGAUUUCACACCUUUCCCCCAAACACGAUCACGAUGUCUUCAUACACCAAGAAGAUCACUCUCAACAGUUCCGACGGCGAAACCUUCAAAGUUUCCAAGAUGGUGGCACGUGAAUCGCAGGUGAUCAAGCAUAUGAUCGAGGAAGAUUGUGCCAAUGAAGCAAUCCCUCUUCAGGACGUCACCGCAAAUAUUUUGGCUAUGGUGAUUGAAUACUGUAAGAAGCAUGUCGAUGCCGCCGCAGCAAGUUCUGAUGGAAAACCUUCAGAAGAUGAUCUUGAGGAUUGGGAUGCUGAAUUUGUGAAGGUUGAUAAGGGUACGCUUUUCAACCUCAUUGAUGCUGCAAACUAUUUGGAAAUCAAGAGCUUGUUGGAUCUUACUUGCCAAACUGUGGCGGACAUGAUGAAAGGGAAGACACCGGAGGAAAUUCGAAACACUUUUAACAUCGAGAACGAUUUCACUCCGCAGGAAGAGGAAGAAGUUCGAAGGGAAAAUCAAUGGGCAUUUGAAUGAAUGAAACUUGGCUGCAAUGUAGAUUUAUUAUGCUUUUAUGUGUUUUUGUUUUUUGAGUGACUUUCUAGUUUGA